GGCUGCUUUUCUCGGAUCCUUCCUGAGGGGGCGCUAUCCUGCUUGGGCUCAGCCUCGACGGCAGCAGCAGCAGCAGCAAGACCACCAGCAUCCUAGGCGUGCCGCGCGCUUCCCCGGGGCUGUAAUGUAAGCUGCGGUCGCGCAGCUCGGCGGAGACUUCUGGAGAGAUGAACCUGCAAGGGCUGACCCGCGGGGUGUCCUUCUAUCUGGAAAGCCGCGUCCGGGAGGGGCUGCUGGCUUCCGGCGUCGGGUGGUCCCUGGUGCUGUGCUUCGGUGCCGCUUACGCCUGCUAUUACCUCAGCAGCAUCGCCAAGAAACCUCAGCUGGUGACUGGCAGCAAAGGCUUAUCCUGUUUCCUACAGGACCAUUGCCCUGUGGUGACAGAAACAUACUAUCCCACUGUGUGGUGCUGGGAGGGCCGUAUUCAGACUCUCCUUCGCCCUUUCAUCACAUCUCGACCAUCUGUGGAAUACCGGAAUGAGCUUAUUACAGCAACCGAUGGAGGGCAGAUUUCACUGGACUGGUUUGACAAUCAUGAUAGCAUUCAUUACCCAGAUUCCAGCAUCAGACCCACUAUCCUCUUGCUGCCUGGCCUCACAGGAACUAGCAAGGAAUCCUACAUUCUCCAUAUGAUUCAGGAGAGCAAAACACUGGGCUACAGGUGUGUGAUUUUAAACUAUCGAGGAAUUGCUGGUGAAAAUCUCUUGACCCCAAGGACUUACUGUGCUGCUAAUACAGAGGAUUUGGAAACCGUUAUUCAUUAUGUACACAACUUAUACUCCUCAGCUCUGUUGAUGGCAGCAGGUGUUUCUAUGGGAGGCAUGCUCCUUUUAAAUUAUUUGGGCAAAACUGGCAGAGAAACACCAUUGAAGGCAGCUGCAAUUUUUUCAGCAGGAUGGAAUGUUUUUGAAUCUGCAGAAUCACUGGAAAAGCCAGUGAACUGGCUUCUCUUUAAUUACUACUUAACCAGCUGUCUACAGUCUUCAAUUAUUAGACAUCGGGAAAUGUUUGAUAAGCUGUUCAAUAUGAACCUUGUCAUGAAGGCUAAGACCAUUAGGGAAUUUGAUAAGCAGUUCACCUCAGUCAUGUUUGGCUACCCUACAAUUGAGGAUUACUAUGCAGAUGCUAGUCCAUGCCGUAGACUGAAGAGAAUUGGAAUUCCUGUGUUGUGCUUAAAUGCUAUGGAUGAUGUUUUCUCACCAAAUCAUGCCAUACCAGUAGAAAUUGCAAAACAAAAUCCGAACGUGGCUUUGAUUCUUACUUCUUGUGGAGGCCAUAUUGGUUUUCUGGAAGGACUGUGGCCAAGAAAAUGCACAUACAUGGACAGAGUCUUCAAACAAUUUGUUCAAGCUGUGUUUGAGCAUGGAAGCAAAAUCCUUAACAUAUAACAACUUAUCAGAACCAUGACUGCAGCACAGCGGCAUAUUAUGAUCAGGGUAACGAAGCUUAAUGCACAUGAUUUAGCAAAUAAGCCAGCAAAUGGAUGAAAUCCAUUAUUAGGAGUGAAAUAUAGUUUUGCUUUUAUAAUUUUGCAAUAUAGUUACUUUUUUUAUUUUAACAUGCCUUAUAAAGAAUGACCUUAAAUAAAAAGAAUACUCUGCACACAUUAAAUUGCACUUAACCAAAACCAUGUAAGUAAACCAAUAAAAAUUACUCAGGUUUUUUAUUUAUUUAGAUCAUUUAUUUAGGAAUCUUGCAUACUUGUUCACAUGCACAUAACAUUCAAAACCACGAUUCUAUUGUAAUACAUGAAGUGGGCUUGUCUCUAAGGACACUUAUGGAGGAAAUGCUUUAGGAAGAUUCUAAAAGUAAUGCAAAUAGGAGUUAAAAAGCCAUCAUUAACUUUAGCCAUGGGCU